AUGUCGCGCGCUCAAAAUGGAUGUCGGGGCGGUGGUCGUGGAACCAAGGAACCACUCCUCAUUGACGCGGUCAUUGGCAAGGUGGUUAAACGCAACCGUCGGAACCUCUCCGCCGCCUGGAUAGACUACAAAAAGGCAUUCGACUCGGUGUCUCAUACAUGGCUUAAGAGGGUCCUCGAGCUGUACAAGGUUGACUGUACGGUUCGAGACUUCCUCGGGCAGUGUAUGGGGGUGGAGUACGAUCCUUUGUCAUCUAGGCCAGCGGAUGACGGCUGCGGAGAACCACAUAAGGAUAAGAAGGGGUAUCUUCCAGGGCGAUUGUUUGAGUCCAAUCUGGUUCUGCCUCUCUCUGAACCCUCUCAGUACCUUACUGGAGGGUUCCGGGAGGGGAUUUCAGCUUCGGAAAGGAGCAAUUCUAUUGGAAUGGAGCUGGGGACGGAUAAGUGUGCGAUCCUCCAUGUCGAAAGGGGAAGGGUUGCUAACUCUGAGGGCAUGGACUUAUCUAUGCCCAUCAGCAUAAGGACCCUUUCCGAGGCUGAAACAUACCGAUACCUGGGUAUGUCACAGAACAUCGGUGUCGAUGAGGCGGGUAUGAAGCAGUCAGUUUGCGAUGUGUUUUAUGCACGCUUGACAAAAAUGCUUAACAGUCUUUUGUUGGGCGUUAAUAAGACACACGCUUAUAACGGCUGGAUCAUGCCUGUUCUCAUGUAUACCUUUGGCAUACUCAGGUGGACUCAGACCGAACUGAACGCUCUGGACAGAAAAGUCCGCACUAUAAUGACGUCCCACAGAGUGCAUCAUCCGAGAUCGUCGGUAAUGAGGCUGUCUGUACUUGCCGCGGAAGCAUGGUGGGCGCGGCUUUUUAAGCGCGCUUACCCUGCAUAA